AUGACAUGGAAUAAGAAGAAGUUCAAGGCACAAGGAUCUCGACUGACGAUCCAUUACGUGGCAAGGAAAGAUGCCGGGGUUUACAUUUGCAAGGCGGCUCAAAUCACGAACCAAGGAUCUGUGGUGAAGACGCAGCCCAUCACCCUCCACGUCCAAUAUGCGCCGCUGGCGGUGGAGGGACGGGUGGAUAAGGCAUAUGGGUACAUCGGGGCGAGGGUGAACAUGACGUGCAGCGUGGAUGCGGAUCCCCCAGCCGAUUUCAGCUGGACCCACGAAGGCCGCCCGAUGAAUACCACCGACGACGUGGAAUUCUUCCGGGACAACAACACCAGCGUUUUAUCUGUGAGGCGCUCGGUGAUGGUAAACGGGGAGAGUAUAUACGGGAAAUACGUGUGUGACGCGGAGAACAGCAUCGGAAACGUGAAGCAAGAGGUGAACCUGGAGAAAGGGGAACCCCCUCCAGUGCCCACUUUGGAGAAGAUCACCCCCAUCGGACCCACCUCCAUACGAAUACGAAUCCUUCCUACUCUAUCACUCCACCACCUCCUCAAGGUUACUGGGUAUCGAAUCCAGUACAAGAAAGACAUUCGGGAUCGGGAUUGGCAAGAUGGCAGAUAUAAGGAUUUUAAAGCGAGUGGAGGGGAGUACUACGUGAUCGAUGCGUUGGAGAAAGGUCAGCGAUAUGUGAUCCGAGCAGCAGCACAGAAUCAGGCCGGCUACAGUGCCUACAGCGAGGCGAGGAAGGUUCAACUGCCUCCAGAGGUCCAAGACAACGGGGCGGAAUGGCCUGCUUCGAAUCCCAGUGUCCUCCUCGCCGUCGUAGCGGGGAGGAUGUUGGUGGGGAAACUAUGACUGCUUGGCAGCGGGUGACAGUGACAUUCCGAGCGCGAGAUCGGCCUGGAAACUGUGAUGGGGAAUGCCCGGGAAGGGAACUACACCUCUGUGAUGAACGAAUCCACUCCAUACUCUAGUCAGAGAAAAGAACGCGAGGCCCCGCCGCUGCAUCGGCUGGGAUCUCGCAUCCCGGCCGGAAAAUCAUCCGAAGA